GGGAUAGAGAGAGACUGGGAUAAACUGGAAUAGAGAGAGGGAGAGGGCGAGAGAGAGAGACCAGGAUAAACCAGGAGACGCAGGGUGGAUCUGAGCCGCGGAAUAUGAUCCCUCCAAUAGACUCACUGUUGAAGUAUGACCAUCCACUGCUUGUCAGCAGGAAUUUGGAGAAAAAAUCUGCCAAGGCUCGGCCCUUCAAAAUGAGUCACCAGCAGCCGACGCCUACAUCGCCAAUUCCAAGUCCUCCAAAAGCCAAAACAGUUUCUAUAGACAUCACCAAGCAGACUGAGGAGAUUUUAAAUGCAAUUUUGCCGCCCAGAGAAUGGACGGAAAACUCGCAGCUGUGGAUUCAGCAGGUAUCCAGUACUCCCUGCACUCGGAUUGAUGUUGUCCAUCUGCAGGAACAACUAGAUCUCAAGCUGCAACAGCGGCAAGCUCGAGAAACUGGGAUUUGCCCAGUCCGUAGAGAGCUGUACUCGCAGUGUUUUGAUGAACUGAUCAGACAGGUGACCAUAAACUGUGCCGAGCGUGGAUUACUGUUGUUGCGAGUUCGCGAUGAGAUCCGUAUGACCAUUUCUGCCUAUCAGACCCUGUAUGAAAGCAGUGUUGCCUUUGGGAUGAGGAAAGCUUUGCAAGCAGAAGAGGGAAAAACUGACAUGGAGAAGAAGAUCAUUGAUUUAGAAACAGAAAAGAAAGAACUGGAGAGACAGCUCAAUGAGCAGAAAGCGAAGUGUGAAGCCAUAGAGAAAAGGGAGAAUGAAAGGCGGCAAGUGGAGGAGAAGAAGCAUGCAGAAGAAAUACAGUUUCUCAAACGAACUAAUCAGCAGCUAAAGGCACAACUGGAAGGCAUAAUAUCUCCAAGGAAAUGAAACCAUUGCAUUUGCUCUCGAAUACAAUCUUUUAAGCAUACUAUGUACUUACAAUAUUGCUGUAAUUCAAACAGUGUACAAGGUACUAAACAGGCAAAGACUUCUGCCUAUUGAAUAGAAUCUCAAUUAUCUAAAGGCUAGUCGUAGAAAUAGGGCUGAGAUUCUCUGGAUGCAUUAAUACAAUGCAAGUACAAUAUAUAAUUUAUUUAGUAAGUGUCAUUAUUAUAAUCCUUUUUAAUCCUUACAUU